AUGGAGUCAUCUUUAACGGUGUUUAGUCUAACAGGACUAUGGCGACUAGUGAUUAUGUUCCAGGCUAAUUCAGUGGUGAAUGGGGUGAAUAUAAAACUAGGUCUUUUGCUACCUAGAGAAGGAUUACAGGGCUAUUUGGGUUUUGAGACAAAUGCAGCCGCGACAACAAUGGCCAUCGACAAAUGCAGAUCCGAUGGACUGAUGGACGGGCACAAUAUCACGAUUUUGUAUCGAGACACAAAAUGCACGGAGAAAUACGGACUCGGGAUGGCAGUUGAGUUGUACAUGGAUGAACACGUUGAUGCCUUCAUUGGACCUGCUUGCUCGGAAGCGACGAUACCAGUCGGCCAUCUUGCUGCCUUCUGGAACGUUCCAUUAUUCGCACACGCAUCCAGUGACCCGAGCCUGGCAGACAAAGUGCGAUUUAACACUGUUGUUAGGGUACUGCCACCAUACAACAAGAUGGGGAGUGCAUUUGUUGAACUUUUCAAAUAUUAUGGUUGGAACCGAUGUGUCAUGUUGUACACAAGAACAUACAACAUGAUCAGCUUUGCAGCCAGAUCCGUUGAGAAAAAGUUCCGAGAGAACAACGUCACCCUCGCCGAUACCAUCGAUGUGGAGGUGGUAUCUAAUAGCGAUAUUGAUGGAGCACUAGAAAGAUUCCAGCAUAGGGGCCGAAUCAUCAUUGUGCUCCUUGAGGCUGAUGAUAUCCGGCGUGUCAUGGUCCGCGCGAGGAAGAUGGGAAUGACAAACGGACAGUACGUGUUUGUUAGUUCUCUCAACAUAGUCCCCAUUGACGAGAUACGACAACCCUGGGUGGCUAAUAAUUCAUACGAUGCAGAAGCUAAGGAAGCGUUCCAGUCUUUGAUUCACAUCACAGUUGCCACUGUAAAGAGUGACAGGGCGGAUGCAUUCCGUGCAGAGAUUCCAUACAGAAUGGCAGAACCACCUUGGAACUUCAACAGAACAGAGCUGGAUGGAACAACGAACUGGGGGCAGGUGAAAUAUCAGGGGUCAGUAUUUUCUCUGUUCUUGUACGACACUGUUUACCUGUACUGUCUUGCACUGAACUACACUUCCAGUAUGGGAAUGGAUAACAUGUCCGGGAAAAUUAUGAUGGACGUCGUUCCAAAGCUACAGUUUGAUGGUAUGAGUGGUCGGGUCAUUAUGGACGACCAGGCUGAGAGAGAGUCAGACUAUUGGGUUUGGCAUUUACCACCGCAUAAGGAUGAAUAUGAAUACUACGCAGAGAUCAAGAAUACAAACAAGGAGGGGGAAGAGAGAAUACAUGUGUUAAGCCCUGCGUUUUGGAGGACUCCUGACGGCCAUCCUCCAAAGGACACACCCGACUGCGGAUUCUUUACAGAGGCAUGUCAAAAAAAUGGACUUACAACUCAUGAAAUAGGAAUUAUCGUCGGGAUUCUAGCUACGUUCGUACUUGUUGGUGCAAUAUCCACUAUCUACUACCUUUUUAGACGACGUAAAUUAGAAGGCCAACUCGAGUUCCUGUCAUGGAAGGUUGACUUUGAUGAAAUCUCGUUUGCCAAGGUGACCCACAUGUCGAAGACGAUGGCAGGGGCCGGUGGUAAAAGUGCCAUUAAGUCAAUUGGCGGAAGUACACAUACAGCAGGCACAUCAACGACUGUGUCGAGCAAGGACGAUGAAGGCGUCACUGAUACAGAAAAGACCUCAAAGGUUGUAGGUCUCUUUAAAGGGAAUCUUGUGUUCAUCAAAUACAUGAAUGUUGGCGGAAUGAUCCUCGGGAAGAAAGACCACAAGGAGCUUAAAUUGAUGCGAGAGAUGAACCAUCAUAACGUAAAUGCAUUCGUCGGUGUUUGCUUCACGCCAGGAAAGUUUUGUAUACUCACUGCCUUCUGUAGCAAACGGAGUCUCCAGGAUGUCUUAUCUAACGAUGACAUAAAGUUGGAUUGGAUGUUCAAGAGCUCUUUGAUAUCGGAUUUGGUAGCUGGUAUGGAUCACAUCCACUCCUGCCCCAUACUCUCACACGGCAACCUCAAGAGCAGCAACUGCGUUAUAGAUGGCAGAUGGAUCCUCAAGGUCACUGACUUUGGCCUUCAUAGGUUCAAGUUAGCCAUGCAGCGGAAACACUCUGAUGGCGAAUAUGCGGCAUAUUAUACUAAACUGUGGACAGCCCCUGAGUUACUUAGGAUGCCAAUUCCACCGUUGAAUGGCACACCCAAAGGCGACAUCUAUAGUUUUGCCAUUAUUCUACAGGAGGUCAUAUACAGGGCAGGCCCAUACCACAGUGUGGAUUUGGCUCCGAAAGAAAUCAUAGAGCGUGUCACACGUGGAGACAAUCCGCCAUACAGACCGGAAGUCAGAGAAGAUAAGGAUGCCAAACCGGACAUGAUCGAAUUGAUGAGAGAUUGUUGGCACGAGAACCCAUUCUAUCGACCCGAUUUCUGUCAGAUUAAGAAGAAAUUGAGUGGUCAGAAUGAUGGGAGGAAGUUCAACAUCAUGGACAAGAUGCUUACAAAGAUGGAGACAUACACUGAAAACUUGGAAGAGUUGAUAGAACAGAGAACAACCGAACUGAUUGAAGAGAAGAAGAAAACUGACAUACUGUUAUACAGGAUGUUGCCAGCGGCUAUAGCUGACAGUCUCAAGAUGGGUCACGUGGUCGAACCGGAAGUGUAUGAGCAAGUGACUGCGUUCUUCUCUGAUAUCGUUGAGUUCACCUCUUUCACCACUGAGAGCUCUCCCAUAGAGAUUGUCAACCUAUUGAAUGACCUCUACACUCUUCUUGAUAACAUCAUAUCCAGGUGUGACGUCUAUAAGGUGGAGACUAUCGGUGACUCUUAUAUGGUGGUGAGUGGUCUACCAACGAGGAAUGGUAUCCAGCAUGUGGCUAACAUUGCGGAUAUGUCAUUAGAGAUGCUGGCAAGUAUAGCAAACUUCAGGGUAAGACACAUGCCGAGACGCAAACUACAGAUGAGGAUUGGAAUGCACACUGGCACAUGCGCGGCAGGUGUGGUGGGUACGACUAUGCCAAGGUACUGCCUGUUUGGAGACUCCAUCAAUAUGGCCUCGAGAAUGGAGUCCACCAGUGAGGGCAUGCGAAUUCAAAUGAGUCCAGAGGCGAAUGGCUUACUUUCAAAACAUGUGGGUUAUUUGGUGAAAGAAAGGGGCGAGGUCGAAAUAAAGGGUCGUGGCAAGAUCAACACGUUCUGGUUAGAAGGUAAAAAGGGAUUCUACAGGCGUAUUCCUAAACCUGGAGAAACAAUGGAUGAGUGAUGCGGUACUGAGAAGGAUCUCUCCCAUCGAUAAGUCCAUAUGGCUUUUGGAUCGAUAUAAAGAUGGCAGCAGUGGUAGAAUCCUAUUACAAUUUUGAUUGACCUGCCAUCUUUUAUAGCAUUUAAAAAACAUUUAUAUCUAUCAACUAUUUGUAUCGCCAUAGCCUAUGGAUAAGUCACUACGUUAUAUCAAGGACGUCAACCUCAGGUUGACGUCCUUGGUUAUAUACAUGAUAUGGACAAAAUACUUGAAUAUUUAUUGUUGAAAUAAUUGCAAAAAGUCUAGAAUAGUUGUGUUUAUGAUGCCCUAGUUACUUUGGAUACAAAAAAUGUAAAAUGAAUGUUGGUCGUUUCAUUUAAUUAGUCAACAGUUCUGACUUAAUUAACGCUUUGGCUGAACACUUCAAUCAUGAAAGUUCUAAAUGAUAUCAUCAGACCUUACAUGUGUUAUUGGUGUAUUUGAUAAGUCAAAAUUGUGUAUCAUGGUCCCUAAUUAUCAGUCAUAACAUUUUUAAAAUGGUGUACAAUAUUACUUAAAUGAAAAUAAAUAAACACUGUUACAUUGAUAGUAUUAC